AUGAGAAAUGAUUUGAGCUGUGGUAUCCUGAAGCAGCAGGGCACAGGUCUGAUAGCCUGCUUCAGCAUGCAGGAUGCUGAUGAAGAACGAAGAUUCAUCCAGAGGACAAAAAUCGAAGGACAGGACAUGUCUCUCCAGGCCCAGGAUGGUCAACGUGAUUUUGAUUUAGCUGAUGCACUUGAUCAUCCAGAUGACAUAAUUACAAGGAAGCCUACUGUGAUCAGAAGACCGACAAGGCCUGGUUUGAACAAUGAUCUGCACCUAGGAGAUGCUCUUGAUGGGGGUGACAUUCCAAGGAAACCUUUAUACCCCCCUCUUCCACCACGACCGGGAAGCUAUAGUAAUUCUGGAGGUUUUGAUGACUCAGAUCUCCUUGAUGGGAAGAGUUUACCACCGUACGUAGCAGGACAAGAUGAGCAUAAUUUCAAUCAUGGAGGAAACACAGAUUCAGGAUUGGUAGCUGGACUUACAUCUCCUAUAAUCUCUGCUUUUGUAAUAUUAGUUGUAGGAUCGAUAGCAGCCUACUCCGCUUACAAGAACAAGAAGCUUUGUUUCAAACCACGUGGGUGUAACUAA